GUAGAAUUCCUGAUUCUUUACCCUUCUGGUAUAGGUAACUAAGGAUAAUUCUAAGUUCUAUUGGCCUCCUGGCUUUGAAAUCGGUUUGCAUGCUGCUACUAGUAGGAUUUAUAUCUAGGAUCUUGCUAAUAAGCUUGUCAGUCAAGCCAUACCCGAUAGGAACGUUGCAACCUUUGGCGACGUCGAUGACUUCUCUCAUGAGGCGCUGUGCCAUUGGCUUGGCUUCCGGCGAUGAGCUCAGCCAGGAGUGUGUGUGUCGAGAAGCGUCAGUGUCGUCAGGGAGUUCCAAGCGGCCUUCCAGACCACCUUCUCCCAACGCUGAACCUGAACGUUGGGCACCACCUGGAAGACGGUCUUGCCCUCCGUCGGUAAAGAAGCAAACUCAGUCAGCCGUUGUUGCUCGACUCCUUGGUUGGGGUCGUUCUUGUAUAAACCUAUCUGCAUAUCCUCCGACUUUGUAUGCUUGAUAAACUCAGGCUAAGUCUGCGCCACUCCUGUCCAAGUCACGCAUGAGAUGAUUGUUGUAUGGGGGAACGCUUGACGAAACGGCACUUCGUUGCCAACGCCUUUCUGAAUAAUGACAAUUGUUGACUUGUCUUCAUCUAUCGCCGGGGCGAUCUGCGCCGGAACGGCAUUCUGCGGGAUGGCCUUGUGGGCGCAGACAAUGUACUCAGAUUUGGCUUCUACCUCCGCUGCAUUUCUCAGGACUCUAGAAUAUCAGCAACGCAAAUUUCAAAUUAUAGGCUCGCGAA